AUGACUGUGAACGUCAGCGUGUGCCACACACACCGGUGUAUCGCUCUGCAGGGUGAGGGUUUUUCCUCUGAUUGCACACGAUUUCAUCAGCAGCCCCCUCUGAUUUAUCCAAGUGGAAGAUCCCUGUGCUGUGCUGCCAAUGUAAUGACUGUUACUAGUUAUAGAGGAAUAACGACAUUCUGUUUUAUUUGUCUCGUCUGAAUGCCUGCACAUCUCAAUCGAAAGAUAGAAUGUCGUGAAGGUCACAAAAAGUAGCCAUAUUUCCAUCUCUUUGUAUAAAGCUCAUAGGAUACUCAGGGCUGGGUAGGUUACUUUCUAAAUGUAAUUCGUUAGUUACUACACUGAAUAAAAAUAAAAAUGCAACAUGUAAAGUGAUGGUCCCAUGUUUCAUGAGCUGAAAUAAAAAUAAAAAUAUAUUUUCCAUACGCACAAAAAGCUUAUUUCUCUCAAAUCUUUGCACAAAUUUGUUUACAUCCCUGUUAGUAAGCAUUUCUCCUUUGCCAAGAUAAUCCAUCCACCUGACAUGUGUGACAUAUCAUGAAGCUGAUUAAACAGCAUGAUCAUUACACAGGUGCUACUUGUACUGGGGGACAAUAAAAGGCCACUUUAAAAUGUGCAGUUUUGUCAGAGAACACAAUGCCACUGAUGUCUCACGUUUUGAGGGCGCAUGCAUUUGGCAUUCUGACUGCAAGAUUAUGUCUACCAGAGCUUUUGCCACAAAAAGUUAUGUUAAUUUCUCUACCAUAAGCCACCUCCAACGUCAUUUUAGAGAAUUUGGCAGUACAUCCAACCUGCCUCACAGAUGCAGACCACGUGUAUGGUGCCAUAUGGGCGAGCGGUUUGCUGAUGUCAACAUUGUGAACAGAGUGCCCCAUGGUGGCGGUGGGGUUAUGGUAUGGGCAGGCAUAAGAUAUGGGCAACGAACACAAUUGCAUUUUAUUGAUGGCAUUUAGAAUGCACAGAGAUACUGUGAUGAGGUCCUGAGGCCCAUUGUCAUGCCAUUCAUCCGCCGCCAUCACCUCAUAUUUCAGCAUGAUAAUUCACAGCGCCGUAUCGCAAGGAUCUGUUCACAAUUCCUGGAAGCUCAAAAUGUCCCAGUUCAUCCAUGGCCUGCAUACUCACCAGACAUGUCACCCAUUGAGCAUGUUCGGGAUGCUCUGGAUCAACGUGUAUGACAUUGUGUUCCAGUUCCCGCCAAUAUCCAGCAACUUCACACAGCCAUUGAAGAGAAGUGGGACAACAUUCCACAGGCCACAAUCAACAGCCUGAUCAACUCUAUGAGAAGGAGAUGUGUCGCGCUGCAUGAGGCAAAUGGUGGUCACACCAGAUCCUGACUGGUUUUUUUAUUUUUUUUAAAGGUACAGUAUCUUUAGCAUGUGUUUAGCUCCAGCCUGAGGACUAGUAGGGCCCAGUCUUCAAAAAGGCCUGUACAUUGAAAGAGAUGGGGAAAAUGGUCAUAAAGUAGAAAAUGCAUCAACCCACAUUUUAUAACCCUCUCAUUCAGAUUGUUGAAAGUGUUUAUAUUCUGGCAAACUCCAUCAAAUCAGCUUGCUUUUCAAACAAAGGCCUACUGCCCCUUGGUCUUAUUUGCAGAGUGUUGUGUGAUACAUAGUCAUUUCUACUGUAUGAUUAGAUCCAUAGCCAGAAAUUUGACGAACUGACUUGCUGGAAAGGUGGCAUCCUAUGACAGUGCCACGUUGAAAGUCACUGAGCUCUUCAGUAAGGCAUUUCUACUGCCAAUGUUUGUCGAUGGAGAUUGCAUGGCGGUGUGCUCGAUUUUAUACACCUGUCAGCAACGGGUGUGGCUGAAAUAGCCGAAUCCACUAAUUUGAAGGGGUGUCCACAUACGUUUGUAUAUAUAGUGUAUCUGUGACCAACAGAUGCAUAUCUGAAUUCACAGUCAUAUGACUGAAUCUGAUAAUCAUACAAUGUAGGUGGUUAUAUUCCAGCCAUCGUAUCAGAUAUGCUUUGGUUUUACAGAUGUAAAGAUUGUGGUCCUCUGUAGCUCAGCUGGUAGAGCACGGCGCUUGUAACGCCAAGGUAGUGGGUUCUAUCCCCGGGACCACCCAUACACAAAAAUGUAUGCACGCAUGACUGUAAGUCGCUUUGGAUAAAAGCGUCUGCUAAAUGGCAUAUUAUUAUUAUUUAUUAUUAUAAUCUAGGAGUAAUUGGAAUAACCAUGCCUGAGGCAUGCCUUGGUGGCUGCCAGGUGUCAGCCUGUUGACCAGGUACCUAGUGAGUGGGCAGUGACUGACCAGGACUGGCUGGCACCCAGAUAAGAAUAUAGGCACAGCUCUUGACAGGUAAUGCUGGGAAGCAGUGGUGGUCUUUAGAUUGUAUUCCAUGUUCACAAAGUUAAACACAAGGUAAACAUGGCCCUUUGGCUGCACCCACUUUGGCUGCUAUCAGUCUGGCACCAAGGCCAGGCUAAUGGAGGUCUGUAGGCCAGAUGAACAGCUCCUGCCUGUGGCCACUUCCCUCCACUGUCAGUGACGUGACGUGUCUGUCUGCCAGUCCCAGUCUCAGGCCAGCAGAUGGAUACGGCUGAUGCCCCGUCUGCCACCCUACUCGAUGACAGGGGGUCACGCCCCUUGCCUAAAAAGGCAAAGCAGAAUGCAGCUGGUGCGGCUAGCUCUAAGAAUAACUCAGGCAGGCAGGGCAGAAUAGCCUGGGUUAAGGUUACCUUGAAGCCCCUGUCCCGUCCUAUGCUUCCUGAUCUACACCAAUCAUGGGCAGGGGAAACUUUUAGGCUGGAUCCCGACCUCUCCACUGGCCGGCCCUGGAACUUUUUCCCUCAACUUUUUGCUCUCUUCCUGGACAUAAACUGAACCUCUUCAGAGACCCUGACACUGUGACCCUUUGGUAUAUUUAAAAUUGUUCUUCUUUAGGGAGGAUUAAACAUCCAGUCCAGACACCAGGUGUAAUACAUUUUGGUUGUGGCAGUGUUUCCUUUAGGGUCUCUUUGCAUGGUUUCAUCCUCUCCUUGACGAUCAGGACUCAAACAGGAUUAGCCCGGAGGAGCUACAUGUUUUUUUUUUACCACAACUCUGUUGCUGAAAUUACAUAUUCAAACUGCCAUGACUGAGGGAGUCGAAGGUACAGUAUCUACACAAGUCUAAGUAUGUCUUUACAUUUUACUUCCUUAUUAUAGGUCAUUUAAUUUGUUAUUUUAGUUCUGCAGACAAUUUGGAAGCUUCUAAAAAUACUGGAUAUCAUUUAGCAUAAUUGGCUAUUUGCUAUGCAGCCUUGAAACACUUGUGACGUCAGCACGGCUUUAAGUAUCUUGCACUUAAAGUGCAUAAUCCACGUCCAUCAUCACUGUUACAGCUGAGAAAACUUUUGGGAAUCAAACUGAAUGAUUCUGUUUUCCUUCAGUCUCACACGUCAGUUCCAAUAAGAAAGAUUUGAACCAACAUAAGCCAGGGUGUAAAACUUAUAUUCAACAGUAAUUAAAAUAGACCUAGAAGUGAGUCAGAGUAUAUUUCGAGGGCACCCAGGAGAGGAUAAGAUCAGAUCAGUGUUUUGUUGGCUGACUCAUUCUGACUAUAUUACUGGCUCUCAAUUACUGUCAUGAGAUUAGAUGUCAUGGAGAACUACUUAGGGUUCCCAAGACAGGGACGUCAACUUCAGGCAGCAAGGGGUCAGGAGACUGGUAAAGUAGAUGUGUUGGAGCGUACUUUUUUUUUUUUUACAGCACAGCAUAUUUGCGUGGUGCAUUCCAUCACCAUCCCCACUCCACUGCUCCUGGAUUCCAGGAUAAUACCAUUCUGUAAAUACCAUUUUAUUUAUUUAUUUAUUUAACCUUUAUUUAACUAGGCAAGUCAGUUAAGAACAAAUUCUUAUUUACAAUGACGGCCUACACUGGCCAAACCAGGACGAUGCUGGGCCAAUUGUGCACCGCCCUAUGGGACUCCCAAUCACGGCCGUUUGUGAUUACUGUAACCCUGACAAACACACUCAAAUGCACAUACAUAAAUACACACUCACUCACCCACACUAUGACACUGUACUAGUCACAGUAUGUAUUAUAUUUUGUUGAAUCAAAGUGAGAAGAAGCAUGGUAUAUGGUGUUUGUCUGCAGAGAUUGAGGGACAUUGGGACCCAUAAUCCCCCAUUGCUGACAACAUGGUGAAGUGACUCAACAGGUGGCCUGUGUCACGAUCGUCUGAGGAAACGGACCAAUACGCAGCGCGUGGAGUGAACAUGAUGACUUUAUUAAAUAAAAGCAACCACGAAAACAACAAACAAAUGACGAUAGUGAAGUCCUACAGUGACUAUGACUGAACCUGGAACAAAAACCCACAACCCCAAGGUGAAAACACACAGUAUAAAUAUGGCUCCCAAUCAGAGAUAACGAGCCGACAGCUGACACUCGUUACCUCCGAUUGGGAGUCAUUGACCAAACAUAGAAAACAACAACCUAGACACCCAACAUAGAACAUAAACACAUAGACUGCACACACCCUGGCUCAACAAUAAUGAGUCCCAGAACCAGGGUGUGACAGUACCCCCCCCUAAAGGCGCGGACUGCGACCGCGCCUCAAAACCCCCAAACAGGGGAGGGCUGGGCGGGCAUACCUCCUCGGUGGCGGUUCUGGCUCCGGCCUAGACCACCACCCCACCAUAGUCACUACCCGCUUACGUAGCCUCCUCCAAAUGACCACCCUCCACCUUAACCCCACUAGAUUAAGGGCCAGCACCGGACUAAGGGGCAGCACCAGGCUAAGGGGCAGCACCGGACUAAGGGACAGCACCGGACUAAGGGGCAGCACCUGGCUGGCUGAAGGCUCUGGCUGAUCCUGUCUGGCGGAAGGCUCUGGCUGAUCCUGUCUGGCGGAAGGCUCUAGCGGCUCCUGUCUGGCGGAAGGCUUUAGCGGCUCCGGUCUGGCGGACGGCUCUGAAGGCUCAUGGCCGACGGGCGGCUUAUGCAGCGCUUGGCAGACGGACAGUUCAGACGGCGUAGGGCAGACAGGCAGUUCAGGCCCCGUUGGGCAGACGGCAGACUCUGGCCGUCUGAGGCGCACUAUAGGCCUGGUGCGUGGUGCCGGAACUGGUGGUCCCGUGCUGAGGACACGCAUCUCAGGGCUAGUGCGGGGAGAAGGAACAGGCCGGACCGGGCUGGCGACGCGCACCGUCAGUUUGGUGCGAGUGGCAGGAACAGGCCGGGUCGGGCUGGCGACGCGCACCGUAGACUUGGUGCGGGUGGCAGGAACAGGCCGGACCGGGCUGGCGACGCGCACCGUCAGUUUGGUGCGAGUGGCAGGAACAGGCCGGGUCGGGCUGGCGACGCGCACCGUAGACUUGGUGCGGGUGGCAGGAACAGGCCGGGUCGGGCUGGCGACGCGCACCGUAGACUUGGUGCGGGUGGCAGGAACAGGCCGGAUCGGGCUGGCGACGCGCACCGUCAGUUUGGUGCGAGUGGCAGGAACAGGCCGGACCGGGCUGGCGACGCGCACCGUAGGUUUGGUGCGAGUGGCAGGAACAGGCCGGGUCGGGCUGGCGACGUACACCGUAGGCUUAGUACGUGGAGCAGGAACUGGCCGGGCUGGGCUGGCGACGCACACCGUAGGUUCUGUGCGUGGAGCAGGAACAGGCCGGGCUGGGCUGGCGACGCACACCGUAGGUUCUGUGCGUGGAGCAGGAACAGGCCGGGCUGGGCUGGCAACGCACACCGUAAGCCUUGUGCGAGAGGCAGGAACAGGUCGGACCGGGCUGGAGACGCGCACCGUCCCUUUGGUGCGAGGGGCCGUACCAGGCCGGACCGUACUGGGGACACACACCACUGGCUCUACCCCGGGAACUGGAACGGGCCGGACCGGACUGGAUACACACCUCAGUCUCUCACGCCGUGCCUCUACAUCUCCUUUCCCUCCUUUAACCAGUAGCCCCCGUAACCUGGUGGCCUCUUGAAUUCGCCCCUUCUCUGCCUCCGUUAGCCCCGUCGUCCAAGCCAUGUGCCCCCCCCCAAAAACUUUUUGGGGUUGCCUCUCGUCCUUCCAACGAUGAUGGCCCUGCUGACGCCGUUGCUCCUCUCUCGCCAGGGCCUUGAUCUUCCCCCAAGGUCCCUUGCCCCCGAGCAUGUCCUCCCAGGACCACGAUUUGCCCACCUGGGCCAUCGCCAGCCUCUCGAUCUCCUUACCAGGCGCUUCCUCCCAUGUCCAGCUGUCUUGCUCCUGGACACGCUGCUUGGUCCUUCUAUGGUGGGUUUUUCUGUCACGAUCGUCUGAGGAAACGGACCAAUACGCAGCGCGUGGAGUGAACAUGAUGACUUUAUUAAAUAAAAGCAACCACGAAAACAACAAACAAAUGACGAUAGUGAAGUCCUACAGUAACUAUGACUGAACCUGGAACAAAAACCCACAACCCCAAGGUGAAAACACACAGUAUAAAUAUGGCUCCCAAUCAGAGAUAACGAGCCGACAGCUGACACUCGUUACCUCCGAUUGGGAGUCAUUGACCAAACAUAGAAAACAACAACCUAGACACCCAACAUAGAACAUAAACACAUAGACUGCACACACCCUGGCUCAACAAUAAUGAGUCCCAGAACCAGGGUGUGACAGCCUGAGCCCACACUGGGCCAUUCUUUCUUUCUUUCUUUCUUUCUUUCUUUCUUUCUUUCUUUCUUUCUUUCUUUCUUUCCUUUCUUUCUUCUUUCUUUCUUUCUUCUUUCUUUCUUUCUUCUUUCUUUCUUUCUUUCUUUCUUUCUUUCUUUCUUUCUUUUCUUUUCUUCUUUCUUUCUUUUUGUCUCUCUUUCACACUCAAGACAUACAUAAACAUGAACACACACAAAUCAUGGGGGCUGGAGCAGCAUUUCAGUCGGAUACUAUCUCUGUCAUGGGCUGACUACGAAAACACACCAGAGACCCAUGCCGCCAGCAAGAGCUUCUGUCUGAUUUGCACCGACCUGAUUUCACAGUAUAAAAGCAGCAGAUAACAUUUUAGAGACUGAACACUGCAUUCUAACUACUGCACCUUCACAAGAAUCAAUGGCUUAUUCUGACCUAGUCUGCCACAUUCUGGUAAAUCGAUGAGCAGCCUUGUAAAAUGAAUUCCGUACAUAAAGGUCAUAUGCUGUGUUUGUAAGGAAGCACAACCAGCCCAUCUCUCUCCAUUUAACAUCAAAUCAAAUUGCCACACUACAGAGAUUUAUAUUCAUUUAGAGAGAGAGCUCUUUGAUGGCUAGGUCAAAACAUCACAGAGACAACACAUUCCACACAAAACAUGAUAUGGUUUCCUUUGGCACUGUGUACCAAACAGUGUAGUCCAUUCAGUGUAUAGCUAUUCACCUGUCAAAGACUUGUCUCCGUGCAGUCUAUUCAUAAACCAACCCUUCUGGGCCUUUAUGGUUGGUUCAGCAUCAGGCCAACAACCUAUCUUUUGUCCUUUCUUCCAGCGCAAUCCUUCACCACAACCAUGGUCAUUGAGAGCAAAAACGGGGAGGCAGGACACCCCACAGCCAGGGUGACCAAGAGGACCGUGACUGACGACCUGUACACCACCUUCAGUUCCCCUAUGGCCUGGAUCCUGGUCCUAGCCCUGGUCGUCACCUGGUCUUGUGUGGCCAUCAUCAUGUUUGACCUGAUGGACUACAAGGGCCUCACAGGUAGGUCCUGAACCUUUCCUUUCCUCCUAUACUGUUCAUACCACCAUGCAUUGGGAUGUUACUUAGCUGUGUUAGGCUUUUGUUUUUGCUCUGAGAUUCUACCUUAUGCAUCACAGGCCUCUGUAGGUUAGAUCUAGGAUUCCUUUUCCAUUGUUUGGACUCAUUAGGAUGAAAAGGGGCAGUAGUUUAUGUGAUGCAACAUGCAUUGAGUAAUCUUGGUCGUUUAGACUCUGGUUUUUAAUGAUUUGGAUAUAGAUUGAAACCAUUACACACUAUAUAUACAAAAGUAUGUGGACACCCCUUCAAAUGAGUGGAUUUGGCUAUUUCAGCCACACACGUUGCUGACAGGUGUAUAAAAUCGAGAACACAGCCAUGCAAUCUCCAUAGACAAACAUUGGCAGUAGAAUGGUCGCUCUGGAUAAGAGCAUCUGCUAAUUGACUAAAAUGUAAAUGUAAAUGAAUGGCCUUACUGAAGAGCUCAGUGACGUUCAAUGUGGCACGGUCAUAGGAUGCCACCUUUCCAACAAGUCAGUUCAUCAAAUUUCGACCCUGCUAGAGCUGCUCCGGUCAACUGUCAGUGCUGUUAUUGUGAAGUGGAAACAUCUAGGAGCAACAAUGGCUCAGCCGCGAAGUGGUAGGCCACACAAGCUCACAGAACGGGAUCGCCGAUUGCUGAAGCGCGUAGCAAAACUCACUACCGAGUUCCAAACGGCCUCUGUAAGCAACGUCAGCACAAUAACUGUUCGUCGGGAGCUUCAUGAAAUGGGUUUCCAUGGACAAGCAGCCGCACACAAGCAUAAAAUCACCAUGUGCAAUGCCAAGCGACGGCUGGAGUGCAGUAAAGUUCGCCGCCAUUGGACACUGGAGCAGUGGAAAUGCGUUCUCUGGAGUGAUGAAUCACGCUUCACCAUCUGGCAGUCCGACGGAUGAAUCUGGGUUUGGCGGAUGCCAGGAGGAUGCUACCUGCCCCAAUGCAUAGUGCCAACUGUAAUGUUUGGUGGAGGAGGAAUAAUGGUUUGGGGCUGUUUUUCAUGGUUCGGUCUAUGCCCCUUAGUUCCAGUGAAGGGAAAUCUUAACCCUACUGCAUAAAAUGACAUUCUAGACGAUUCUGUGCUUCCAACUUUGUGGCAACAGUUUGGGGAAGGCCCUUUCCUGUUUCAGCAUGACAAUGUCCCCGUGCACAAAGCGAGGUCCAUACAGAAAUGGUUUGCGAGCCAGGCCUAAUCGCCCAACAUCAGUGCCCAAUCUCACUAAUGCUCUUGUGGCUGAAUGGAAGCAAAUCCCUGCAGCAAUGUUCCAACAUCUAGUGCAAAGCUUUCCCAGAAGAGUGGAGGCUGUUAUAGCAGCAAAGUGGGGGGGGGGGGACCAACUCCAUAUUAAUGCCCAUAAUUUUAGAAUGAGAUGUUCGAUUAUCAGGUGUCCACAUACUUUUGGUCAUGUAGUGUAAAUAGCCCCUCUUCUAAGGUUUGUUCAAUAAUUUAGCCUUAACCUUUAGCCUGGGUGAAACAAGUUCAAGGAUAAUGGCUAAAACAGACGAUAAAGGAAUGCAGCGAGCUCAGUGAACGUGAUAAGGCCCAGUAGCUUGUUGUUUCCAGGCUGGCACUACUUUAUCCAACGAUGUGUGGGCUCUCAGGGUAGCCAGGAGCUCAUUGGCUGGUUACUGAUAGUACUGACAGUGACAAAGACAGAUAGGGCGUAGCAUUGCAGUUUACUGGGUCUGGGCCCUAUCAGCAGCAGUUGCUGAGAGAGGGUUUGGCAGAAUUAGCCAUGCCUCUGUCCCAGUCAAACAGCUUAUAGUCAAAUAGCCAAAUAGAUUUACUGAUAGAUUAGUUUUGAGAUGCAUCACAUCAGUCAGUAGGGAUGUUAUUGUAUCAUAGAAUUAUGAUUGAUAUAGUUCAUUACAACUGUUGCAGACAUAAUGGUGAAAUGCUCUGUAGAGUGAAUGUAUAAUGUACUGUAUUCUUUAAAGUUGUUUUCAGUGUGAUUUUGUGGUUUAAAAAUAAAGUUGUACAAUGACAAUUUUCAGUGUUUGAGAGUUUGGUGUUUGCUGAUGAGGAUCAGUAUGUGAGAUAAAUUGUCAUUGUGUACAUGGAUUCUUUAUCCAUUUUCAUAUUUUCAUGUCAAAAGCCAUUCACAUUUACAUUUCAUUUCAUGUAAAAGGUCUUCCAUUGAAGACCUUGCACAUACAUUUUUGAAGCAAACUUCAAAAGUGGGCACCAUUGUCACGUACUGUAGAUCUGAUUAACUCACAAGUCACAAUAGUAAUUGAAGGCUGAUACUCUGGGGGCCUGGAGUCUAGUCUACCUACCCCAAGUCAUUCUUCACAGAAAUCACAUGAACCUCACUCCCUUUAGUUAUUCACUAGAGUUCCGUAGCUACGUUCACUCUCUCAUUUCUAAUCUAGUUUCCUCCUCCUCUUUUCACCCUGUCCAUCCCCAUGUGUCAUCCUGUUGCCAUCCAAUAAAAAGAUCAUACAUUAUACUGUGACGACCCCUGUUUGCCACCUGGUAAAGACUCUCUGCCUGCAGUGUAGUGCUCAUACCCAUCUGUGUGUUUGCUUCCGCUCUGCUACUAACAACCUGCAUGCUUUAAUUGCUGAUAGGGAGCAAUUGUCACACACUUCAGUCAGUGUUGUGUUGGCUUGAUGCUACGCAAUAAUGGAUUCAUGUACACAUGGUCCAUCAAGUGUUGCCUCUAGAUCAUUCAAGGUUGCACAGGUUACAUCUGGUACUAAGAGAGUCUGUAUACCUUUUUCACACUAUUUGAUUAUCAAAAUUGAAGUGGGCUAUUUUGCCUAUUGAAACUCAUGUUAAUACAUAGAUACAGUGUCUCCAUUCUGAUGGCAACUCUGAUGCCAGCCAUAAUGGUACAUAUAUUCAUAAAGUCAACCAUAAUCUCCCUAUAUGAAUAGUUUAGGACUAUAGCUUUCAUGAUAAAUCAUUCACAGAACUAACGUAUUGCUGCUUUAUGAUUUAAAAGGUAUACAGCCCAUUUAGUAGUCACUUGUUCUGUCAUUUAACUAGCUACUAUUUACCUUUCUGUUUGUUUGUAGUUUAACAAAACGUACCAUAAUAACACCGUAGUGUGCAACGCUGUAGUGUCUAACAUCCAAGUAACAUUCAUUACAAGAAAUGUCUUUGUGUGUGUGUGUGUCCAUGUGUGUGUCCAUGUGUAUUUUCAGUCAUUACUUGAUUUCCAGUGAAAUGUGUUUAGUGUAUGAAGUGCUCAUUUGUGAUAAAUGUGCUGUAGCUAACUGUACUAUUUUAAGGAAUCAAUCUGCAGCAGCCUAUAUCAUUUUACCAAUUAUUACAUAACCAUACAGCUUUAGAAUGUAUCGAGGCUAUAUCACAGUACGUACUAGAAUGGUUUGUGCCCGGUAAAGCUGUUCUGGAAAGCCCAAGUCCCUUAUUGAAGGUGCUAUUCAAUAGAAAGCUGUAAAGAAUGGCUUCAAUCGCUGAAGCUCAACAAUGCAACAAUUUGAGUGUUGCAUGUUUUUUUGUGCGCUUACAUAAUAGAGCAAAAUAGGUCACCACGAUUACAGGAAAAAUAACCAUUACAUUCACCUGAAAUCAGUGCUUGACUUGGACUGAAAUAGAUGCAGGUACUCAUUUUGGGUGCUGGUACCAUUUAUAUUUAGUUGCAGGAACUCCUCUAUAUUUUGGAGCUAAUAUUCUAUAAGAGGUGCAGGAACUCAAGCAGAAGAACAUUUGAGGUGCCAGUACUCAGUUCAGGUGAGCUCCUGCCCAAGUCAAGUACUGCCUGAAAUCACUAUUAUAUUACUGCCAGGUAGUCAGACAUUAGCUUUUCAGUCUGAUUUAUUUGACAGUGUUAUUUAGCUUGGCAACAUUAUCCCAAUUAAUUGUGUGCCAAUCGCUCCCAUGCAUCUGGCCUAUGAUAACUUUAGUUGCCUUUCCCGUCUCAAUUUAUACACAAUUGCCUUGAUGCUAACAUCAAUAAUGGCACGUUGAGAGCAUAUCAGCUUGUGUUGGUGUUAUUAACUGUGUGGUAUUGAAUAAUAACUCCAUGCAGAAUGCCUUUCUCUUUGAUUGAGUGCUGCUUUUGAGAAGGAUACACCAAUCUGACGUGCUUUAAUAUAUAUAAUUGAAUAUUCUAUGUUGCAGAUAAGCCUGCAAGAAGAGAUAUAUAUUUCCUCUACAAUGCAUACUACUGAGCAUUGAAUGUGGCCAAUACCGAAAGUCAUCUACGGAGGAAUGACCUCCUGACCUCCUGAACCAUUCCACAUGAAAUCAUGGGAAGGAAUUGACGCUGUGGCCAUUUCUAUCACAGCCUCUCAGCCGUGUCAUAACAAUACAAGAGUCUUUAUUAGGUGUAGAAGUCAGACUGUAGCUAAACUAUACCCUAAACCAAUGUAUUAAAAAGUAGACAUAUUAAUUGAAAGCAAAGGGACUGGGGUCAAACAUCCCUAAAUUAGAUUAGGAAAAGGGGGGUUAUGGUUAGCUAAGAAAAUCCCAGGGGAUACUGUAUGGCACCAGGACAACACACGUGGAAUGGGAGAGUGAUAAUCACCCCACAAAACCAUGGCACCAUGGAUAAACCCUUGACAGGAAAAAGAGGAGAUGUGUACAUGUUAGUCAAUUACUAGAGGACCAAAAAGAACAAACACGUACAGUAUAAUGUAAAUCUAAAUACCCGUAUGAUAUAAAUCUUAUAUAAGGAAAUGGCCUUUGAAGCCACAGUCUUUGAGGACAAUGUGUUAUCUGCACCACAGUAAAUGUAUGUAACCAACCUGUAUCUUAAAAAUAUAUCAAUUAUCUAUCAGGAAUCAAUCUGUUCCAAUGUAAAGGGUUGGGAAUUGAUUUGUAAGACCAUACAGUAAUACCGAAAGCAAAUCUUUGCUUUUAAGAAUCGGGUAGCUAUAUAUAGCACUAGGUCUCCUGUAGGAUACUGUGCAGUAUCACUCCAUCUCUCUCUAUGCGGGAUGGCUGUGUUUUGCUGGAUGCCCUCUCUUAGACUGCCCCUCUCUGUUCAUUUGAACCCCUCGCUGUCAGAAAGGAGACUGCCAGAGACAGUGGAAUUUACGGGAAUAGCUAGGAGUACCUGUCACUCAUCAUUUCAUACCAAAUAUUUCUAGUACUGGACCCAAGUGGAUAUCCAACAUAGAGUUUUGGAAUUUGUAUUAUUAAAUGUUUUUGUAUUUUUGAAGACAGUGGUUAGUGACAGCAUGUACAAAAGAUCCAAAACAGAUGUCUUAUUUCCUCCCCCUUUCAUCCCCAUACCCAUGAAAUACUUUAUAUUUUGGACACAUAAAGAGAUACAGUAACAGAGAAAAUGCUAAAUGAUUUCAACAAGGUCACAAACUAAUAGAUGUGUGAAACAAAAGGCUGUGUGCCCUGAGAAAUUGGAAAAUUAGAAAUAACAAACCUGCCCAUUACACAACCAUUUAGUUGGACAGCAAAUGGGUAUUAAAAAUUGCACUUUUAAUAAGAUGCCAUUUUUCCCACCAUGACAUUUCAAUAAAGGGCGACACUGUGCAAAUUAAAUACUAAACCAACAUUUUGGAAUGAUGGACAGUGUUGGCUGUGAGGAAAUGGAAUUCCCCUUGAUGUGCACUGCAUAGCCUGGGAGCCAUCCAAUUGGAGUUGAACCAAUUCUACUGCCAUGCCUCCAUUGCUUCCCGUUAGAGAGAGGGGGGUAGGGGGAGAGGUAGAGAAAGAGAGGCAGGAGAGGAGAGGGAGAGCGAGAGGGAGGAGAGUGAGAGAGAGAGGGGGGAGAGGGAGAGAGAGAGGGAGGAGAGUGGGAGAGAUGGAGGGAAAACAGCGCUUUGAUUAGCUCCUUCAACUUCCUGCUAAAGAGGGAGACCUGCAAACUGGAGCCUGACGGACGUUGUGUCAGAGACCUCCUGAAUACAGGAAUGAUUGUCCCUGUGAAUGUGUUGCCAAGUGACAUGAUGCUAGUUAUUAAGCCACCCACACUUCACUGGUUUCUCUAAACUAAAGCCUCCAAAGUGUUUUGGAACGAUCUACAGAUCCUUCCCAUAAUGAGGGACUUCGUUUGGAUGGUUGAUUCCCUUGCCAUCUUUACCACUUCUUUCAGGUUAAUAUGUCAUUUAUUUCUAUGUAUUUAGUUGCAGUCACCAUGCCAGGAAUCAGUGUAGAUAGAGGACAAUGUGUGGGGUUCAAAUGCACAAGCAUUGAGGCAUGUAUUUUAUCUGCUUCAUGACGUAGGUUGAAGUGCCAAUCAAACAAAUGUCACUGAAUUAAUCAGUAUUUCAUUAGUAUUCCUAGUUGGAGUCAAUUUCACAUUGUUACUCAAUGUCAUGAAUUUUGAUUUGCUGCUUCAAAUCAUGCAAAACACAGCAGUGUGUUAUUGCACAUUCUUUAUUGGAACAAAUGAAUCAAAUCAAUGAGAAUACAUUUCAAAUAAAAACAUGUCAAGCACAGAGGAAGAACUGUUGUUAUAGCAGAUUCAAUAAAGAGUGAAAGACAUACUGUGUUUGUUAUAGUUACAGCACAGCAUGUUGCUGUUCUGUCCCGUUUCUCACUCCUACUGCAUUAUAAAUGUUUACUGUUUGUAUGUUGAUGUGUUCUCUACACCACGGCCAUGCCGAUCUUUGUUUCCAUUGUGAUGAACGUCUAUGUGAUGACGUCGAGUUCUUCUGUCACCAUACUGUGGUUGUGAAUCGUGAGUAAUUGUGUCUCUGUGCCAUUGUUUCUUGUGGUAAGACUGUCCGUUUCCUCCUCCCAGAAUGCAUCACUCUGGAGUCUGUUCUUCUCCCCAGAUUGCUAAAGUGCAUGUGAUGGAGACUGUUCACUGUCCCUGUCCCCGUGCCACUGCUUACGUACCUCUCCUCCUAACAGGGGUCUCCCCACCUCCCGCUGUCAGGAAAGCAAUUAAGGAUGCAGGGAGGUCUAGAGGCAAGCCAUCAUGCUACGCUUUUAACUUUGUCGUGCUGAUUAGAGGCCUCUGAGGCCCUUAGUGAGUUUGCGUUGACAUACUGUAGCAACUAACUUUAAAGGAGUAGAUAAAAUGAAUUAAUUUUUUACAAAAAUAAAGAUAAUACAAUUGAUUAUAAACUACUAAUAUAGCAAGUAAUUAGUCCAUUAACUCAUGUUAUGAUAAAUACCUUUGGAUACCUUUGAUAUAAGCCUUUAGAUAUUGUCUUUAGCAGAAACAUCUAUUUGUUCAGAAUUGCAUAGAAAAUUAAUUCCCACGUGAAUAUUUUCAAUUAAGGAACCAAAAUGUCCUUUGUUGGAUUUGGCUAUAUCAACCGUGUUUCCUUAACCCACUCAGUCUAAUUCAACACUUCUAUAGAUUAAAUAACUAAGAAUCACUCCCUUCUGAAUAUCAGUAAUACUGCUUUGAUAAUUGAUCACUAAAGAGCACUGAAGAGUCUAAAGAGCAAUCUCUAAAGACUAGUCAGUCAUAUUCUGCUGACAGUUGUCACUAACACAGUUCUGGGGUACACUACUCUGGCAGCGGUGUCUGACAUGUCCUGUAGUAUGUAGCAUGUUUACCUGUCAUGGAUGCCUAUUGCCUUCUGUGUGUCUCUGCCUAUGACGAAAUGGAAAUGUCUGUCUCAUGCGGUUUGCCUGCACUGCACGGCAGACAAACAAACAGGUGGUAGUCUACACAGUAUAUACUCCAGCAGACAUUUGAAGUUACCCAUUGGACCAUGGAUGGACAGAGAAUAUUUUAUGCUACAUCACAUUGGUUAUAGUUGAUUAGUUCCAAGCUAUUGUUAAUAGUCAUGUACACAUUCAUCUUCAUAUCUAUAGUCUAUAUUGCUGAAUUUGUUUCUGGGUAUAAAUUCCGUUGGUGUGAUUUGCUUGUUCUCAUAUUGUUCUCUAAGUGCAGAACAUUUGAACGGUGUGCAGUUUGAUUGCAUUUGAAAGAUUAAGGACAGCAUAUUGUCAAAUUAAUGUUUCUAUUGUGUAUAAUAUAAUGCAGUGGUAAUUAAUUAAGUGUUCCUUAAGUCUUUUAGUUCAGUCUUUAGAGUGUUUAGAGAAAGGGUGUGUGUAAAUGCAUGCUGGCUAUAUUAUGCGGGGUCUUGGCUCACACAGCCUGUUCACCACACUCUCAGGAAGCAUUCAGCAUAUCAGCUCGGACCCCAUGAAAGUGGUGAACGAGGCGGUGGAGGAGUCCACUGACUGGGGCAAACUGCUUCUGACCUUUGUCUCCAGCCUGGUAGCACCCGAGGAGGAGGAAAUUGAAGGUAUAUUUCACAAGAUGUCCCUUGAGCUACCCUAAUAAUAGAUGAAACAACAGCAACAACAGUAACAAAAUAAACAACACACCAUGGUAUUUCUAAAAGACAAAAUGGGCUAACCCCCUGUGGUUUGACGAGUCACCUGGCAGGUCUUGCCUCAUUCAACUUCAAGCUGUUUGAUUUAUACCAUUUAUCUCCCCCAUUUCACCUAUAUAGGUUCACAUAUAUUCACAGUUAAUGGCUCUGCUGUAAUAAUUCAGCCCCUAAAUCUAUAUGGUUUAAGGUGUGAUGCAGGAUAAGUCUGGCAGAUUGAGAACCUGUGAACCAUAGCGCAGAUUCUUUCCAAGGCUUUUGGUCUAAUAAACACUCUACACACUACUGUAUAUACCACAGUGUGAUGAAAGGUGGUCCAUACAUAACAACCUGACACUGUUUAUCAUGUCUCAUAUUACAUGCACCAAGUCCAUCUGUACAGGCUAAUAAUAGAAAACUAGGAGGUGCCAUUCAUUCACAUUCCGAACUCCAAACUAAAGAACGGGACACUGUUUUCCAGCCUUUCACACAGAAGAAUUUUGAAGCGGAAGAACAAGGCUCUCGACCUGCAGCGUGAUACCGAUAACUCCUGUACCACAUUUGUGUGUGACUGUUCUAAAAAAGAAAAUAAAGUCAACUAAAGAAAGCACAAA